AUAUAUUUAAACAUCGAUGGGACAUCAAUUAAAGAUGGUUGGAAUAAGAACAUACUCCCAACUCAACAACUCAAUAUAAAUACGUUGUUGCUCAUAAACAUUUUCCACACCACCACCUUCUCUUAAAAACACAACUUGUUGCUAUAUCAUAAUACUAGUAAUAGUGAAGAUGGAGAGCAUGAGUAGUAUAUGGCAGGGGUUGAAACCAGAUGUGCUAAUGGUGUUUGUACAAAUAUCAAUAGCUGCUGUGAAUAUAAUAUACAAACUUGCAAUAAAUGAUGGAAUGAGCAUGAGAGUUGCCACUGCUUAUCGUCUCAUCAUUGCAGCAGCUUUCACUAUCCCAAUUGCUCUUAUCUUUGAUAGGAAGAAGAGACCAAAGAUUACUUGGAGUGUGCUUUCUAAGUCAUUUCUAUGUGGAUUGUUUGGGGGAAGUUUGUAUCUAAAUCUUUACCUCGAGGCUCUGGCUUUGACAUCGGCAACGUUUAUGUUGGCCAUCGUCAACCUAAUUCCAGCCAUUACCUUCAUGAUGGCUGUAUGCUUGAGAAUGGAUAAAUUAAAUUUGAGGGUGAUAGAAGGAAAGGCAAAGGUGAUAGGAACAGUAAUGGGAAUAAGUGGAGCAAUGUUGAUGCUUUUUUUCAAAGGUGCAGAGAUUCAUAUUUGGUCUUCCAAUAUCAACCUUUUGCAUCCACAUCACAACCAAAAUGAACAAAUGGCAUCUCACCAUGCCGACCUUCGUAAAAAAUUGUUGGGUGUUUCAAUUGCACUGCUAAGCAGUUGCUCUUUCUCUAUGUGGUUUAUCAUUCAGGCUAAGUUGAAUGAGGAAUACCCUUGUCAUCACUCAAGUGCAGCUUUAAUGUCUACAAUGGGAGCCAUUCAAGGAACUAUUAUUGCUUUUUGUGUAGACAGGGAUUUGAAUCAAUGGAAACUAGGAAACACCCUCAGGAUUCUUACCGUUGUUUAUCCGGGAAUUGUGGUGUCUGGAUUAGCAGUUAUCAUGAUUGCGUGGUGCAUAAAGAUGAGAGGACCUCUAUUUGCAUCUAUUUUCAAUCCUUUACAACUCUUACUCGUAGUUAUAGCUGCUUAUUUGAUGUUGGAUGAGAAAUUAUUUUUGGGAAGCAUGCUUGGAGCAAUGAUGAUUGUUUGCGGACUCUACGCCGUACUUUGGGGACAAAGCAAAGAAAUGAAAAAGAAAACGAAGAUAUUAAUAGAGCCACUAGAAAUCACAAGAAAAACCGAGAAUGUUGAGCUUGUUGUUAUUACCGUGCCGGUUCACAAUGAUAAAGUUAUCCAAAACUACAAAAAUUAAGUCAUUACUAAAUAAAAAGUUGAUAAAUGAUCAAUCAAAAAUCAAAAAUUUUAAUGACUUAAUUCUUAUAGCUUUGGAUAAUUUUAUUAGUGCGAACUCACUUAAUAGGAUAAAUAUUAAGUUUGGAUGUUAUUGUUGUUAAUAAUGAUCAAUGAUUGUUUAUAUUAAAGAUUAUGAUUUUAAAGGGAAAAGAAAAUGAAAACCCCUUCCGUCA